GCGACAGUGUAACAGAGUGGAGAGCCGAGUAACUGGGUCAGGUGCAAUGACAAACCAGAGGACAGCAGUCUUCGUCCUGAGAUGAGUUUACCAGGAGCCAUGAGAGGGAAUCUGUGCUUCAACAUUCACUGAAAGUAUUGCCACUAUGUCAGAUCUGAAGCCAAAUGCACAAGAGGACAAAGACGUGGAGUCGGUGUGUGACAGCCCAGGUCGUACUCAGGAGCCAUUACAGUGUCACACAUUGUCCCUGAAGAACAAUGCUGCAGGUCUGUCCUCAGAUGAACACGAAAACCCUUUAAAUGGAACCCAGCCGAAUCCAUUUGUAUACAGCAGUGUCCCUGCUGUUCCCCAUGCAGGCAAUUCAUUGCCUUCAGGAGCACUUGUUAAUGGACCUGGUUCACACCCCACCUCAGAGGUACACUGUGUCCUGAACAAAGGCACUAUUUUAUCCAACAAUGUCCUGGAUGCCGCGUGGCAAGCGGAGAAGGACACGAGCCCCGAGGUGUUACCACCACCUAGUGAGCUUCAAUCAGACGCUUGGAAGAACACAGCGGGGCCCGUCGAAAAAACCCCGGCCACACAGCCAGGUGUCAACACGCCAUCGUCUCACUCGGAGGAGAAUGAGUCCAAACUGGCCUGUUCCACGCUGUCAGGUGCAGACAGCGGCGAGGAAAUGCACAUUAGCCAACCUUUGACAAAACAGACAAUGAAAACAAGAUCUCGACGGGACGUAGAAUGGUCAGAAAGCUCCUCGGAUGAUUAUGACGACGCUAAAGUAAUCAGAUGGGAUUCAGAGAGAGAGUGCUUCUCACACAAUGACAGAAGGCUGGAGACCAAAGUGAUGCACCAGAGGGACAGCAAGCACAAUACACAUGUAAAAAGCAUGUCAGGCUCUCUGGAAAAGGUUAACAACAGCUUAAAUCACACAUACAGACGCUUCUGUUUCACCAGUGUCAAUGAUUUGGGAAAUGUUGACACUGCCAACAAAGACGAUUCUUCGUGUACUCAAUCUGAUAUUAGAUAUUCCAGCGUGCCACUCAAAGGCAGUUCUCCAAGCACAGCUUCAGACUCCAAACGCCAUAUUUAUAGCACAGCGCAGGAAGGCUGUAAUGAGGGAAAUUACCCUGAAGAUGAAGACAAUUUCAGUUCAAAAGUGGAACAGCUGAAGAAAGAACAAGUGGAACAAGAGACACUUUUCUUUUCAUGCACGCUAUGCAAUGUUAAUUUCAAGGAAAAAAUACAUUUCCAUAGACAUAUGAUGUAUCAUUUAGGCAAGCAUAAUCAGGUGAAGAGUGAGGGUGUCUCUCAGCCCUUUAUAUGCAGGGAAUGUGGGCGUUUGUUCUGUGAUAGCAACUCCCUCAUGAGGCACAUCAUUAUUCACCAAGACAGACUGGAAAAACGUAUGAAGGAAAUCAAAGGUCUCAAAAACACUGAAUCCGCAGACCGGGGCACCAAAGUGCAGUGCCCUCGGUGUGUGUUCGGCUGUAAUUGCCCUAAAAUCUCUGUCCAGCAUGCCAGAACGCAUGAUAAUCUGAAGCACUACUACUUCUGUGAGGAGUGUAACUACAUUACUCUGACACAGCAGGCACUUGAAGCACACAUACAUGUCGCACACCUCGACACACACCAGCCUAAGUACAGGAAAAUGACUCAUAAUGAUGAUGCACAGGAAGUGGACCAUGUUCAGCGUAGAAUGAGUUUUUUCACAAGCAGAAACAAAGUAAUAAUUGAAAGAUGUUCCGAGCUGAAGCAUCUGCGUUCAAACUAUGGCGAUUAUAAAAAGGUUGCAAACAAGCCCAAAAUCGCCAUGUCUAAACCAAAUCUCUUGACUCUCGGAGAAACGGCCCAUUUUCCCAACCGCUCCAGUACAACAGAGGGCAUUUACAUUCAAAAGUCCAGCGACAAAACUGUAAAUCCUCCUCAGUUUCAGUGCUGCUCUAAAAACAUGCUUUCGCCGUCUUUGUGGAGGGUCGAUAGGCAUGGAAAACUACUCCAACAGCAAAAUGUAGAUGUGGCAACUGAUCUCACCUAUGUGAAAAAAGACUCUGAAAACAAUGACUGCGAGGCUUUUGGCAGCUCAAAGCAGGCAAACCGUCCUGCGACCGCUGAUUUUUUACCAUCAGCCAGAAAUCUUAAAUUAGACCAGAUGUUCUGUCAGGAUGGCGAGAACCACCCCAAAAACGUGAGUUUACAACCGCGAGCAAACCAAAAUUCUCUGUCAAUAAGAAAAAUGUCAACACCCUUGCAUAGCACUAUUGACAACAUGAACGGUAAUAUAUCGACAAAGCUUUGCCAGAGGCUCAGGAAACGGUGUGCAGCAGAUGAGGAGUUAGAGAAAGGCUGUGAGGGCAGGGAGAACUCCAGUGAUGACAGCAGUGCAGCUACAGGCAGCUUCUUAGAAAGCCAGAAUGUGAGGAACCCGUAUGCUCGGAGGUAUUUCACAAAGAGGCAGAGGUUCUCAGACAAAGACCAAAGCCUGCAUGUGUACAAGAAUGAAGAGGAUGGAGAUGACGACUGUAGUGACAUAGAGCAGCUGGUAAUCAAAGAGGAGUACAUUGAAAGCACAGUGUGUGAUGAUUCCCCAGAGUCGCCUUGCAUGUCUGUAAGUGACAGCGUUGAUGUUUUGCCCUCACCGGGGGUGGAACACAAGCCCUGUCCGUACUGCCCCGCCAUGUUCGAGUCCGGGGUGGGCCUGUCCAAUCACGUGCGAGGGCACCUGCACCGAGUCGGCUUGAGCUAUAACGCUCGACACAUGGUUUCACCAGAGCAGGUGGCACUGCACGACCAUCAGCCACGGAUACGCAGAAGGAUCCCCUGUGCCAUGAGGAAAAUUAGAAAAGCUGUAAAGCCAGAAACCAAAGGAGAGCACACAUGUCCGCUGUGCUGCGGGUGGUUUGAUACUAAGACCGGCCUCUCCAACCAUGUGAGGGGACACCUGAAACAAAUUGGUAGGAGUGCAACCAGCACCAGCAAGUCUCCACUGUCCAUCUUAAAUGAACUGCUGCAGGACAAAAGGGAACAUCAGAACAUCCUCCAGAACCAGCCCCCCCCACCACCCUUUGUCUCUCAGAAGUUAAUCAGCAGCAAUAGUCUGGUCCUGAUGCACAUGGGCAUCCCACUGAAGACCCAGCAUGAAACGAGGAGCCCCGCUCUCAUGCUGGACAGCUUCGUACCAAAACAGGACGCAGAGGCUGAAGCACAACUAGACACCAAGGCCUCUUCCAGCACUUUAGUUGGUCUUCUCAAGAUGAGACAGGAACGUAUGCAGCUCACAGCGAGACACAACCAGGAAGCUUAUGGAACCAGGGAGCUCUAUGAUCUGACCAAAGAUUACAUGGAGGAGACCCAGAUCACCAGUGUGGAACCAAAAUGGGUUCACGAUGAAUGUGAUUCGGAUGACAUUUCUAUUCGGUUUAAUAACACUUUACCCAGGCUUUCUGGUCAUCUUCGAGGCUACGCACACAGGAAGAGGUUUGCCCUUUUUCAAGAUGCAGGCGAUGAUUAUAAACCGAAGAAGCCAAGGCCCGGGCUAAAGAAGAAGAUUUUACUCUCCUUAAAUGCUGAGAUAUGCACGCUCACCUGCAGGUUCUGUGACCUGGUCUUCCAGGGCCCCCUGUCUAUCCAGGAGGAUUGGAUUAGGCAUUUACAGAGGCACCUCCUGCACACCAGGGUGCCUCAGUCAGGGACCGGGAUGGUGGAGGUUUUGGGUCUUCACAAAGUACAGAUUUCCCAUGAGCACCAAGAUCCAACGUAGAGUUCUACCCAUCUGGAACCUCCAGUUGCCUGAAUUUGCACAUUGUUUGAUGCAGAGACUCUUCCAUACGUUCAGACAGGGAAAUGGCUAUGCAAGGUAAAAAGAUGACAAAUCAUUUGAAAUGUGUAGAAUUUUUAGGGUUUGUCACUGGAAGAUAGCACUUUGUCUUUUGCCAGGACAUGUUGUCAUACACUUUGUCCUUCUCUCACCCUCUUUUCGGCACCUACAGGGUGAGUCGACGCCAAAAGACUCAACUCACAUGUCGCCAUUAUCAUAAAUACUUCGUACUCGUAGAAUAUUACAAUUUUAGGAUUUCAAUUUUCAUAUUAGAAAACAUCAUUAAAAAAUAUAUAAAUGUCUGUGUUAUUCAAUCAUGUUUCUCCAAUGAUAUGCAAAUUAUUAUAGUAAAAAGCCAACAUGCAAGAAGAAAAAUACUAAAUCAAAUAAAUAUUUAGCUUUAAUAACCUAAUGUAAUGACAUGUAUUUAUCUAUUUUUCUUGGAAUAUCCAGCUUUCUAAAAUUGUAGACAUGCAGUGCUUCCUUACAUACACGUUAUUAAGAUAUUACAAUUUCUAUACAAUAAUCUACUCAGGCUUGAUAGUUUAGUAUUGCUUAGAUCCUGAUACAAUUACUGCAGAUGUUAUCUUUUAGAUAAAGUGAAUUGUUCUUAAAUAGUUAGAUAGACGAAAGCAUUUAUUUGUAAUUAUUUGAUAAGUUACAUCAACAGUUGGAUGUAGAUUCGGAAAUUACAGCAUGGCCCAUCCAGAAAACAGUUUUAAGAAGAUAUGCUGUACUGGUUUGAGGGUAGAUCUACAGUGUAUUAUGUCUUCUAGUUAAAUUGAAGAGAUUAUUUACAGUUUCUGUGGAGAGGUUUAACUAAAGGUUCGCCUUGUGUGGUUCGCUAGCAAACAGCCUGACAAAAGAAUACUCAAUUUGAAGAAAUGGUGGCCAAAUGUGUUGGGCAUUCAAUGUCAGGUGAAAAUAGUGUUCCAGAGAAUAAGCUGUAUUUUUUGGAAUAUCAAUGUUGAGAGCCAACGAGAAACAAAGAAAGACAAAACACUGAAGUCACGAUGUUAUAUGCUGCUAUAUCUGUGUUAAAUUAAUAACAUGUCAAUAAAUGAUAUGUCAACUCUUAUUUAUUAACUUGUGGUUUUAUUUGAAAGUAAAGAUAAUAAUAAUAAAAUAAUAAAUUUAAUUUAUAUAGCGCUUCUCAUCUGCCAAGACAAAUCUCGAAGCGCUUCACAGCAAAGGACACUGAUACAAUUUGAGAGAUUAAACAAAUAAUAAUAAUACAAAUUAAAAAUUAAAACAAAAUUAAAUAAAAAGAUACAGCUGUAUGUGGUGUGUUCAAUUGGAGCAUGGUGACAAUUUUCUUCCAAGUGUAAAAGUGUUAUUGUUUAAGGCUUCUGUGGUCAGAAAUGUAGAAUAUGUUGACCUAUUUGAUUUAUUGUGUUUAAUUAGUUUGAACUACAUUUUGAAUACGUUUGUAGAUAAGAAUAACAGUGAUUAAGGGUAUAAAUAGUGGAUUGUCCUAUGGGGAGGGGCUUAACAUAUAUAAACCUCUGGCCACAAGUGUUUUGGAGUUAGUCUGAUGUGGCUGUAGAGCAGAGAGGUACCAGUUAUAUUUCUUCGACCUGUACAUAUACUGUAUAUUGAGGUUUGUUUUCUUUCUAUUUUGGACUGUAGAUCCUUGUUACUUUGUGUUCUUUCAGCAUUUUGGCUGUUAAUAAAAGCACUUAAGGAUA